CGCAUGGAAGGGACUACGCUGCUGAACGAAAGGGUUCCAGACUUCUGCUGAGAGCAUUUCCUUGCUUGCAGAUUUCUCCCCAGCAGCCAUUUGGAGCCUUAACUUUCCCAACCAUUCUGCAGAUAUCCUUCCCCUUAGUGUCCAUACCAGCUAAGCUGCCAUCAUGUCGGCGACUUUCAAUGGCGACGAGACGGCUCCCUUCUUCGGCUUCAUGGGGGCUUCCGCAGCUCUCGUUUUCUCAUGCAUGGGAGCAGCUUACGGUACAGCGAAGAGUGGCGUCGGUGUUGCGUCGAUGGGUGUGAUGAGGCCUGAACUCGUCAUGAAGUCCAUUGUUCCCGUGGUCAUGGCUGGUGUGCUCGGAAUCUACGGCCUUAUUAUUGCCGUUAUUAUCAGCACGGGCAUUAACCCUAAGGCCAAGGCGUACUACUCUUUUGAUGGUUACGCUCAUCUGUCCUCUGGACUUUCUUGCGGGCUGGCGGGUCUCGCUGCGGGCAUGGCUAUUGGGAUCGUCGGUGACGCUGGUGUCAGAGCUAACGCCCAGCAACCCAAGCUUUUCGUCGGCAUGAUUCUUAUUCUUAUUUUCGCUGAAGCUCUUGCCCUGUACGGGCUUAUUGUUGGCAUCAUUCUGUCGUCGCGUGCUGGUCAGUCUCGCGCCGAUUAGGCACAAUCUCACAGCGACAACGUGGUGGUGCCUUUCCUGAACGCUGAUGGCUUUGUUUGUAGCAAGGAUUGUGCAAGCUUGGUUGCCCGUGUUCUAAUGUUCAUUAGAUCAAGGUCGGGAGAAGUUCAUGUUCUUUGAGUUGUAGGGUCUACGGUAGUAAGCUAUUACUGAAGUAGACGUGUGCAGUCUCAGAGAUAACGAAUGACCAUGGUGGUUUUGUGUAAGUGAUGUGCUCUCCAUGAGCAUGCGCCUAUCUAGCCUAAAACAUAUACAAAUGUAUGUUGACUCCC